AUGGCUCAGAACCAGAAAUCUUUCUUGAACAUUGAUGUUCCAAGGCCGAUAGAUCCAGUCGAGCAGGCACGCCAUAUAUCCGAAGCAAAGACUCAUCUUGAUAGAAUUUAUUUCUCAGACGUAUUUGUCGAGCUCUUGCGAGAGGGUCUCGACGAUGGAACCGGACUGGCUCAGUACACAAGUAGUGUCGAGGUCUUCAUGUUUGAUGACGAGAAAUGGCGCAGUCUCUUCCAGAGCGCUUUGCGGGGCGAGUUUGAAUUGCAAGAGCCAGGAGAAGGAAUGUGCGAGAGCGCCGCAUCUGACAAAGAGCCUUCCACCCUUGUUCUCUAG